AUACAUGAUAAGUAGACCAUAUUGGUGAAGUUAGGGUUUGCGUGGGUGUUUGGAUGGCGAAUCAGCUGUACGGCUACAAUCACCAUAGCAGCAGCUACGGAGGAGCGUCGAACCUGUCAAGCCUGUAUUCAUCAAGAUCCGUGGGCGAUAGUUUCUUGUCGGCAGACUCGUCCUUGCGCGGCUCUUCCCGAUACGUCGGCGGCGCAGAUCCGCUGGGAGGAUCAGCAUCCAUGCUAUUCAGUCAAAGCGAUGCCCACAGGUUCUCCGCCUCUGAUUACUCGGCCGCCAGAGUUUCUACGUCCGCAUCCUCUCACUUGGCUUCGCAGUUGUCAUGGCCCGGUGUCGACAUUGGAGCUGCUUCUGCUGUAGACCCUUAUGGGGCCAUCAAGCGCCCUUCUGAUUCACUCUAUCAUCAGACUCUUCUGGGUGCCCAUAACACAAUUGGGCAAAGUGAAGCUUGGUUUUCUACCAACCCUUUAGCCAAGCGCCCUAGAUUCGAGAGUGCAAGCAAUUUGCCUAUUUAUCCACAGAGGCCAGGAGAGAAGGACUGUGCCCAUUAUAUGCUCACAAGAACCUGUAAGUUUGGAGAUAGCUGCAAGUUUGACCAUCCUAUUUGGGUUCCUGAAGGUGGAAUCCCAGAUUGGAAAGAGGUCCCACUUACUGCCACCAGUGAAUCCCUCCCCGAGAGACCAGGAGAACCAGAUUGUCCUUACUUCGUGAAGACCCAAAGAUGCAAGUUUGGUCUUAGAUGCAAAUUUAACCAUCCAAAGGACAAAGCAGUGGCUUUGGAUGCUCGGGAGAGUGCUGGCUUUUCCGACUUACCAGAUAGGCCAUCUGAGCCUCCUUGUGCGUUCUAUAUGAAGACUGGAAAAUGUAAAUUUGGUGCAACCUGCAAAUUUCAUCACCCAAAAGAUAUCGAUUUAACAGCAGCUGGACAAGACAAUGGCAAUGAUGGGCAGAUUGAAGUAGUUAUUAGUAAUGAUGGAACUGUAGAGGUGAAUCCGAUGAAGCCACCUUUUACCCCGGCAUUAUUUCACAACUCCAAAGGGCUUCCUAUGAGACUGGGUGAAGUGGAUUGUCCAUUCUACUUGAAAACUGGCAGUUGCAAGUAUGGUGCCACUUGUCGCUACAAUCAUCCUGACAGAUAUGCAAUUAAUCCACCUGCUGCUGCAAUAGGCCCUGCCAUAAUAGCUUCUCCUGCAGCACAUUUGAACAUCGGAGUUGUCAAUCCAGCUGCCUCCAUUCUGCAAACCAUUGAUCCGCGGCUGACUCAAACAACGUUUGGACUGGCCCCAACCAUCUUUCCUCAACGACCUGGGCAGAUUGAAUGUGAUUUCUAUAUGAAAACUGGGGUGUGUAAGUUUGGGGAAAGAUGCAAGUUUCAUCACCCCAUUGAUCGGUCAGCACUCACUCUGUCAAAGGAAGCCCAGGAACAAAAUGUUAAGCUCAGUCUUGCAGGCCUACCUAGGAGAGAGGGUUCUGUGCACUGUCCUUACUAUAUGAAGACUGGCACAUGCAAGUAUGGUGCAACAUGCAGAUUUGACCACCCACCUCCAGGGGAGGUCAUGGCUUUGGCAACAUCACAAGAAACAUCCACAUCCGUUGGAGGGGAAGUGACCGCUCAAGAACUGCAGCAGUGAAAUCUUUUGCAUGAAUGGCGCCCCUCUUUAAAUUAUGCUAUAUGCUUAUGGACCUUACUUUUAAUAUAGCAAAUUACUGUCCUACUCCACAAAUGUUCUAUUGCCAAAAUUGAUACUACUUUCUUGCAUUGGUUGUGUUUCUUUGAAGAGAGCUGGUACUAAAAUUGCUAUUGUUAUGCUUGGAUCCUGUUGGAGAUUGAAGUUGGUGUCAUGCAAUUUACUUUUUACCUUUUUAUUGAACUAA